AUGGGCCAAGAAAUCCUCGUCACCACAGAUGACCUGGGAGUCCCAACUCUCCGCACCUAUCAACCCUCAAACGAAGAAACUCCCACCAGUGUUAUACCACCACAGACGAUCAAAAAUCUCUCGCCUGAAUACACAUUCGUCUUUAUUCACCCCGACCAUCUAGAGUCCGUGUUCCAUAAUGCCAAGACCCACGAACAGAUCGCCUGCCACAUGCGGAGACUCCGGCUAGUCUUACUAAACCCCGUCGCGAGUGCUUCACUCACAAGCGUAGAGGAAAACGGGGGCACUGAGGGUCCGAACAUCGCACCCCUUUUCGACAAAUGGUGGACUGCAUCUCGAGCUAUCCCUCGAGGUCAUGGAAUCAAAGAUUUGAUCUUUGAUGUGUCCUGUCCGCAAGAAAUUCAGAGAAGGGAGAUUGUGAGGGUGUUGCAGGGAUUGAGUACGACGCUUGCAAUAAAAUCAGACGGUCAUUUCGAAUGCUGUGUUGAAGGCUGUGAUGAGGAGAGAAAGGAGUGGUUGGAGAAAUCCUUGGUCAAUCGGAAGAAAUCAGGGGAGUAG